AUGAGGAACCCCUCACUGUUUGGGCCUGCGACGGCUGGCAUCUCGACAGCCAUCUACCUGCUAUCUUCACUGCAAACUGCCCACUGUUUAUCAUUUCAUUCGGUCUCAGAACCCGAUUUGGAUCUUUCACCUCUUGGAAAAGUUGCUCUCGCAGGGAAUUUUGAUGCUGUUUCGAUCUAUUCUUACACCGAGCAAUCCGACACAGCUUCCGUGGGGAAUGGCACCCAGUCUAUUCUUACGCCUCUUCCCAAUGGGAUUCUCACGACGCUCUCCGCUUCGGAUGGCUAUAUUCGGGCAAUGUGCCCAUUUACGCAAAAGGAUGGAACGGACAGGGGUAUUUUUGUUGGCGGGAACUUCACCUUCCUAGGAGGCGUUGAGACGCAGGGUGCGGCGCUGUUUAAUCCCGAGUCAAACAAGGUGACGGCUUUGCCGGGACUUUCUGGAUCAGUAAUGGCGGCGCUGUGUGACAAGGAGACAGAUAGCGUCUACGUUGGUGGAGAUUUUAAGUAUAAGAAUACGUCGAACGCCGUUGCUUGGGUUGGUGAUAAGGGCUGGUCAAGUUUACCCUUUGGCGGAUUCAACGGGCCUGUUUCUUCAAUUGUGAAUGGCGAUGAUGGGCAUGUCAUUUUUGGUGGCUCGUUUGAUAGCGUUGAGAACUCUACGUCAUCGAAGAAGAGCCAACAAGUUGUCAACCUUCAGACCGCCACGAUAACUUCUGAUGCAAUCUCCUCGAGAAGCGGCCUUAAUGACCCCCGGAAUAUCCUAUGUCAGACUAGUGGGGAUGAUGGUGAGGGAAAGACUUGGCUUCUGGCGGACAAUUCUCCCGGUUUCUGGCGGGCAGACAUGCGGUUCGGAUACAACCCAACCAGGAUUCGGCUAUAUAAUACCCAUCUGGAGGGGAGAGGCACAAAAGCAUUCUUAUUGCGAGCUCUUCCAGACAAUGGGAUCAUGAAUCUCACUUACAGCGAGCCGGGUUCUCCUGAUAAGAAGUACUGUGAUUCAUCAUGUCCACUUUCUAGCAACCCGAGCGAGAAAUAUCGUGAAUUCGAUUUUGUGAAUGGCGUUGGAAUGCGUGGCUUCCAGCUGGAGAUUCAGGACUGGUAUGGUAGUGGUGCUGGCCUGAAUGGGAUACAAGUCUUCCAAGACGAUAUCUUCGCUUAUGCCGUGAGCGACUUCAACGAGCCGACAUGUGGGGAUAUCAAACAUGCAUCCCGGUCGUCUCAGAAGGGCUCUUGGACUGUCACUAAAUCCGAUCUGGGUCAGUCAGACUAUUUGACGGCGGAGAUAACCGACUCUUCAGCCAGCAGCACCUCUGUGGUGUUUGAACCCGAUGUCAAGCAAUCAGGAAACUAUUCGAUCCUUAUCUACACUCCCGGGUGUAUCCAGGAUGGUACAUGCGCUUCUCGUGGCAUAGUGAGUGUUACAGCUACCGUCACUACUCACACUAAGAACGCGGAGCCAAUCGAAAAACAAAUCUACCAGACUAACUACUAUGAUAAGUACGACACAAUUUACACCGGUCGUGUGGAUGCUAGCGACGGCUCGUUUCGCCCCAGUGUAACUUUGACCCCCAAGGCUGGUCAGGGGGACAUCAAGGUUGUUGCGUCUCGUGUUAGGUUUAACUUGGCUCAUGCCUCUGGUGCCUCUGGUGCCUCUGAUGACCUGAGCGGGGAACUGAAUGGCCUAUAUGACUUUAACUCCAAGUCCACAGACAUGAAUCCCAAAUUCACCGAUUCUGCCAUAAACAGAGCAGGUCUCACGUUGGACCAGGACGCCAUAAUAAAGAGCUUAGCGAGCCACGACAGUAUUAUCUACGCGGGUGGAAACUUCUCAAGUUCGGGCAUCAGGAACAUCAUGCUCUUCGAGAAGGGUAAAAAUGCUACUUCAAUGACACAAGGUGGUUUGAAUUCAGAGGUGACUUCGAUGGCUGUGCUCGAUAAAUUUCUUUAUAUUGGAGGAAAUUUCACCGAUACAUUCGAUAGUAGUAACGAUCGUCUCAAACACGUUGCUGCAUACUCUUUUGAUUCUAAAUCUUGGUCGGCCUUGGGCGGAGGUGUCAAUGGCCCCGUUUCUCAAGUUAUUCCCAUCAGCCUCAAUGUUUCAGCUGAUAUCAAUGAAACUACCAUAGGAGUGAGUGGGGAUUUCGACAAGCUACUUUCCUUCGGCAAGCAACCGUCCACGAAUGUUGCUGGAUUUGCUAUCUGGGUACCGUCGCGCAAGAAUUGGCUGCAGAAUCUCGAUGUACGCCAAAUGGAAUUCACUGGGCAAUUAUCAUCUUUCACCAAGGUGGGCAACACCAGUAUCCUUACUGGUAACCUUUCCGCAGCGGGUAUUGCCGCAGCGGGUGCUGUGUCUCUCCUUUAUGAACAUGGAUUGAACCUGAAUCCUCUGUUGUCAAGCAGUAAUUCAAGCGGCGGAACUUACACUGGCAUUUACGACUCGAGUUCUGGCCGCAACCUUACUAUUUUGGGAGGCAGCUUUACUACUGCCUCUACGAAUGGUUCCAAAAUCGAAAACCUUGCGAUGCUUGAUGGCAGCAAUGGUGCCAUACGUGGUUUGGGAGCGGGUGUUGAUAGCAACUCCACAUUCUUGGCCCUGGCUGUUUCUGGCGACCGGCUCUACGCUGGAGGCAACAUCACCGGAAAAGUGGGCGAUUCUAGCUUGAAAGGCCUUGUUGUCUACGAUCUUGAGAAUGGGACAUUUGCCCAAACGCAGCCACCGCAAUUCACUCCAAGUACUGUCGCUGUCAACACCAUCGUUCCUCGCCCGGGCUCUUCUGAAAUCUAUUUCGGGGGGAAGUUUGAAAAAGCAGGCGCUCUUCCGUGCCCAGGGGUUUGUUAUUGGGAUGCGUCAGAAGAGAGGUGGAACAGGCCUGGAGCAGCCCUUUAUGGAGAGGUUUUGGCGCUCGAGUGGCUCAAUGGUCACAAAAUGCUGGCAGUUGGCAACCUGACAGUCAAUGGAAACAGCACCGUUUUAGCAACGUACGACACGAAGAGCCAAGAUUGGACCGCUUUCAAGGGGGCUUCUCCGUCUGAUAUCCCGGGAACCGUGACUGCCUUUACUCCGGCCAGUAGGGAUGUGUCGACAUUCUGGCUCGCAGGUAAAUCCACGAAUGAUUCGAGUUUCCUUGCCAAUUACGAUGGAUCAAAAUUCCUGUUUGCUGGAGAUAUAUUUGGGGAUGGAACGGCCAUUCAUGGCCUAGAGGUCCUUCCACUGUCCAAAAAACACCAAGAUGUCAGUCUUUUGAACAAAGACCUGAUCCUUGUGGUUACCGGCCAACUGGUGAUACCGGACUUCGGUAACGCGUCAGCGGCACUUUUUAACGGGACCACAUUGACUCCUUUCAUCCUCACCAGCGGACCCGAUGGCCAGCCGGGCAUUAUAUCUCACUUAUUUUAUGAAAAGACUAAUCCGUACACCGGCGAAGGAAAACAUCGCUCCAACGGCAUUGUCGUCCUGAUAUCUUUCUGCCUUGCCCUUGGCUGUGUCUUUCUAAUUGUUAUUGCCGGGGUUAUAUUCAAUAAAAUCCAACGCCGCCGCCAGGGCUACAUGCAGGCCCCGCAAACAUAUGGAACCGAUCGGCCGACGGACAUGCAACGGUUGCCUCCCGAGUACCUGUUUAAUACAUUAGGACAACGCAAUCCGGGUACUCCGGCGAUAUGA